GGACUGGUAUUUUUACGCAUCAUCAGAGUUUAAUAAUUUAAUCUGCUGGUGGCUUCCGCGGUAGCCUGGGUACGAGCCCAGUGCCUUUGAUGUUGUGGUUUGUCGGAGCGAGUCAAAUCAGAAUAACGAGCUCAAGAUUGUCCAACAAAGUGAAAGGCGCUCGAGCGAAAUCCGGCUGGAUGCCGGAAGUUUGUCGAUGGAGUUUUUCUCUCCUAGGGUUGGGGACAGCAUGCCUCCUUGCGCUCUACACCUUUCUCCGUCCAGACUUCCGUAUGAUUUUGACCGAGGCCAGCGUCGAGCGGAAGGAGUACCAGGUCAUUGGUUUCGGGACGUUCACUGACAACAGAGUGGACGUAGCGGCGGAGUCUGCAAGACGAAUCACCAGAUCCAGCUCAUCGGGGUUGUCAGCAAACACGGGAUUGGAGAGGAAAGAUGAUGAAGGUCGUAGGUUCGCAUAUGAUGAUGAUGAUGAUGAUGAUGAUGACGGAAGGAGAAGAUCGAUACAGAAGAAGAACGACUUGGUAUCUGAUCCGGCGUUGCUUCAAGGGGCAAAUUCGACGCAUUCUUCUUCUUCUUCUUCUUCUUCUUUGUCUUCUUCUACCUCAACCUCUACCUCCGCCUCCUCAACGGCAGGCGAUGUUCUGGACUUGCGUGCCGGCGGUCGGGGAUUUGAAGAAGAGGGCGGUGGUUCCACCAAUGAGGAGAAGGAAUUGGCAAUUCAGGUGGAGGCAUUGAAAUUGGCAUGGGAAAAAGUCUACCUUCGUAGGGACAACAAAGAUUCUUCUCAGGAUGAUGGCUCGCAGCAAUCUUCGCUCCCGCGCUUUUCUUCGUCGGACAAUAGUACUUUCCCUUGCCCGUCUUCUCCAAUGGUGUUAGAGUACACCAAGCGGCUGUUGAUGGAGGCAGGCAAACUGCCCUCGGCUCCUCACAUUCAGGACUGUAAGGCUUUGUCGGACGAGUACGCGGCGGCGGACCGAAGAGGCGUCAACAACUCCCUCCCUGAUUGGAUGAGAGGGGCGGGAUUAGGGUACUCUGCAUUCGGCAAUCAAAGCGUGCCUGAAGAAUGGAUAGAUCGCUCGGAGGAAUUGCUCAGGGACAGUAAGAGAACGAUCUUCGGACCGUAUCCUCCUUGGGUUCAUGGAUCCGAUGAAGAGAAUCUGGUUUUGACUCGAAGGGUACAGCAUGACAUUUGGCUCCACCAGCAUCCCCGAAAUUGCAGUGAUCCGUCCCUGAAGUUUCUGGUGAUCGAUUUUGCUUCGAAUGACCAUUUAGGAACAGGAGCUCAGAUCAACGAGAUGAUGGGUGCGCUGGCGUUGGCGAUGUGGUCCGGAAGGAUCUUGAUUACUCACAGCUUCGAGCGUGCUAAUCACGACGGCUGUAAAGGCAGGAACCGCAAAAACUGGUCCUGCUACUUCGCUCCGGAAACGUCUUUAGAGUGCAGGCUUCGGGGACUCUAUCUAUGGAGACGAGGACGGGCAUGGUCGAAGGGAUCAAUGGAGGUUGCUACCCGUGGGAAUGUCAAGCCACAGUGGAUGUGGUUCCCCAAGGCGCCCAGAAUCUGGGGAGAACCGUGGAAGGUUAUGCAGCGCACAGAUCAGGUAGAGGGACGGAUUGUUGGGCAGACGAGGGUAGACGAGGUGUUUUGGUGGAGGGCACAGGCAAUCCGGUACAUGAUGCGGUAUCCCAGCGAGUAUUUAUGCGAGUUGCUUAAUCAAGCAAGGCAUGACAGUUUUGGGUCUGUGAUUGCGAAGGAGGUAAUUCAGAGUGGACUGUAUAAUGAGAUCUUUAGUAGCCCUGCUAGAAGCAAGAAACUGAUCAGCAGACGCAAGCUAUUUAAGGCACCGGAGAGAACGGGCACAGGUGGGGAUGCAGACAAGGAGAGCGGCCGUCAGAAUCUCCCCGGAAGGAAACUCCUGGAGGAGGAGGGCAAUGAUUGGCUCACGGAGGUACAGAAUGGUGGUCUCUUGAGUGACCGAACACUUCAGGUGGAUGUUUGGAAGAGGGUACGGCCAUCAAUUCCUCGGCCUUUCGUAAGCCUUCACGUAAGGCUUGGUGACAAGGGAAAGGAAAUGCGUCUUGCACCAUUUUCAGAGUACAUGGCCCUGGCAGAGCAGAUUCGACGACAAUUCCCCCAUGCCAAGUUUAUUUGGCUGAGCACCGAGAUGCAGGAGGUGAUAGAAGAGACGAAGAAUUAUCCUACGUGGACGUUCUUGUACACAGACGUUCCUCGGCAGAAGGGAUCGGAGAGCAUGCAUGAAUAUGAGCUGAGUAUCGGAAGGGCGCGAAGCACAAACAAUGCAUUUGUGAACUUGAUGGUUGCGGCGGAAGCAGAUUUCUUUGUAGGUGCGCUUGGUUCGACCUGGUGCCUCCUGAUUAAUCAGCUCCGCAGCACGAAUGCGAGGGUGUUGUCAGGCUACUUAUCGGUAAAUAGAGAUCGAUUCUGGAGGUAAGGACUUAAUUCUCCAUGUGUUUUUUUUGUAGUGCAACCACUGAAUUGAUUUUGCUACUUCUUGGGGGACGAAGUUCGGCGGCUGCUUUUGGCCGCAAGUGGCAGGAGUACAAGCAUCAUUGUCGAUUUAUUGCUGAAUGCAUUUCCAUUCUGGAGGUGAGGACAGCUGGAUGGAACGAUCAGCUGAUCGUUUUCGGUACUGCUUGCUGUGGUAUUACCUUUAUAUCGUGUCUCUGGUCCCUUGUUUGUCUAGCCACUGGGGCUCUUUCGUGCUGAAGCUAAAACACGACAUCCUCCUUGAGUGGCUGUAUUCUUUGUCAAACCAGCUGAAUGCUGGUCUAGUUUUCAUUCUUACAUGCUCUUCCCAGGCAGGGAGAGAGAGAGAGAGAGAGAGAGAGAGAGAGAGAGAGAGAGAGAGAGAGAGAGAGAUUUCAUAUGACACAGGCCCAGGUGACUGAGUGGAAAUGGAGGAAUAAAGACAUGAUACCAGGAGGAUGGCAGAAAUAUGUGGGGGAUUCUGGGGAACUAUUUUUGUGUUGUUGAUUCCAAACUUAUCAUCAUUGGACAGUAAGUGUUUUGACUUUUGUCUGUGAGCGAGCGUGCGGUACGCACACUCUGCAAUUAGCACCAUUUGAUCCCAUUUGAUCCCAUUGAUUAUUAGGUUCAUGUUUUGCGGUGUUGCAAGUGGAAGAGCUGCCCCGCUCUCUGCGCAUCGCAGCUGUUUCAGUGGAGUCUGCGCAGAAUAAACUACCUCGUUUGUAUGGAAGCCUAAAUUUUAUUGAUUGUCAACAGGAGAACUUUUUUGAAAGGUACGUACGUAUUUUUCGAUCCUGUAUAGCUUUCUUCCGUGAUCUCUUUACGUUUUCUUUUUGUUUCCUUUCCUUUUUUUUGUUUCCGCAAUCUGCUUGCCAUGGUGGUUUGGCUGCUGUAAGGAUUUCCCAUAGUACCCAUUCAUUGCUUUGCGAUGCUUACGAACGACUUCAUUAGUUUUGUUACUUCUUGGGGAGGUAGAUCUUAUUUCAUAUGUUAUUUUCAGUGUCAGAAUGGCAUUUGAUUUGGAGAACACUGGUGGCGGCAUUCACAUGCUUAUCUCGCCACUCGCUCACGCCAGAGACUCGUCAGCUCUGAGUGUCAGGUUCAACGGAUGUAGAUCCCUCUUCUCAGAAAAUGCUCAGAUUUGUUCUUUUCCUCCUCACCAGAAAAUAUGUUCUGUCUUUUCUUCCUCCACUUAGCGCAGGUCAGGUAACCUUUUUUUUUCUCAGGGGAACUUCGGCAUAGACGGAAUUGUCGACUUCAGGCAGACGUAUACAAGCGCAGAUCAGGUCUGGGAUCAAGGUACGGAUGCGGGAGCGAGCAAAUGGAAUACUGGAGUGGAGAGAAGGUAAGGAAUAAGCUCUCAUGGUCUACAGAGAAAAACUCGGGGGGCAAGCAAACGGCUUAUAAUGCGUUAAGUUCCAUUAAACCGAUUAUAUAAUAAUAAAAUGACGGGUGCGCUGAGACACACACAGGUGGAUGGCGAAGUUGUUGGCUGGUGCAGACCCCCCUGUUGCGUGGGGGCGAGCACAUGGCUUAGGGCGUACUCACAUUAGGACUUGUUUAUUUAUUUUUUGACGUAAUUGCAGCCAGAUACAUCCACGUCUGGCUUCAAUUGCGGUCAGAUACAUUUAUGGUGGUGGUAGUGUGAGUAUGGCCUUAAUGUGGAUGCCAAGUAUUGUAUUGUAGUUCCAUUAAACGGAUAUGAUAUAAAAGGACGGCUGCACACAGACACAACAGAUAGAUGGAUGGCUGAGUUGGGUUGGCAGGUGGAGACCCUCUUGCAAAGUUAAAAGCAAUGUGUAGAUCUAACUCCUGUAGGGAUCCCUUCUGCAUCUCCUCAUUUUUCUUUUUCCUCUUUCUUAUCCUUUUCUGUUUUCUCUUUCUCCCUUCUUUCAAACAGCGCCUGCAGGUUAUUAUACUUCUAUAAUAGGAAGGUGUAGACCCUAUGA